GUAGAUGGCAACGCUGGAGCAUGUAAACAACAUGGGGGUUAAAGUCACAACAUUUGUAAAUUGAUAUUAAAAAAUUACGUAUAUUUAUGUUAUUACUAUGUCUCUAAUAGCUAUCAAAGAUGAAAUUACAGAUUUGGAAUAUGAAAACGCACCGUUAAAUCUUUCACAAGUGAAAACUGAACCUGAGUUCCAUAAUGAAACAUUAAAUCUAAUAGAAUUCGAGACUGCUAAUGUAGAUGACUAUAAAAAUGUGGAAUCAGUAGAUGACCUUUAUAUACGUACUAGUGAUUUAGUUAAUAUUAAAAAAGAAAUCAACGAAGCUCCUGUUAAAACCGAAAUAAUAAAGGAGGAAUUUGAUUUACCCACUAUUAAAAGUGAAAUUAAAUCUGAUGAAAAUCCAUGUAGUAGUAUCGCUCUAAAACACGUAAAACGUGUAAACAAGAAAAAUAAAAGAAAAUAUAGUUGCCCGGUGUGUUUUAAAAUUUGUUUAACCUCAACGUUAAGGAAAACUCACUUCAGCUCUCAUUUCGGAAAAAGACAUUGUGUAGUCUGCCACAACUGUGGGAAAAUAUGCAAAAGAGGGUACCAAUAUUUAAAUCAUUAUCGAAAUUAUCAUGUAAAAUCAAAACAAAAAAUUAUAAACCCAAAUAAGUCAGUAUUUACUUGUAGAAUAUGUUUUAAAGAGUUUACCUCUAAAAAGAUAUACGGGGAACAUUUCAAAUUACAUUAUUUGAAACCUUAUGAAUGUAAAAUUUGCUUUAAACAAUAUUCGGUAAAAUCUACUUUAAAAAGGCAUCAAGCGGCAAUACACAGUAAACUAAGGCCUUAUAAAUGUGACAUUUGCUUUAGAGACUUUGCUUUAUCUUGUCAAUACAAAUCUCACAUGACGAAUCAUUUAUACGGAAAACGAUUCAAAUGUGACAUUUGUUUCAAAGAGUUUUAUCAAAAUAGUAGUUUAUUAAGACAUAAAAUAGUACACGAAGGUAUAAAAUUCAAAUGCAAAUUGUGUUUCAAAGAAUACACGAGAAAAGUAACAUUAGAAUCUCACAUGAGAUUACACAGCGGAGAACACGAGUUCAAGUGCCAUAUAUGUCCCACGGAAAAGAAAUUCACCUCGAAAGGGGCGUUGAGAUUGCAUUUAAUGAACCACGCGGGUGAAAAACCACACGAAUGCAAUUUGUGUUCUCAAAGAUUUUUAGAGAGACAGAAACUUGUUAAACACCUCAAAAUACACGAAAAAACAAAAAACGUCAGCUGCGAUUUCUGUUCUCUAACAUUCUUAUACAAAGUUAGACUGCAACGUCAUUUAUUAAUUGAACACGGCGAAAAUCCUUUUAAAUGUUUGAAAUGUCCCGAAAAGUUUCCCACGCAAAGGGAAUUGAAUCUUCACGCUUCCGUACAUGCCGAAUUUAAAAUUUACGCGUGCGAAAUUUGUUAUAAAGAGUUUACGAAAAGAGCGGCGUAUGUUAGACAUUUAGGAGCGCACGGAAAAAAUCCUUUUGGUUGCAAAGUUUGUCCGGAAACUUUUGCUUCAGAAAGGGCUCUUAGGGAGCAUUAUGCGAUUCAUCCAGGGGAAAAACCUUUCCAUUGUGACGAUUGUUUGAAGGGGUUUCAUCAUAAGAGGUCUUUGCAUAAACAUAUUUGCGAGGGGAAACCUGUUACCACGUAAUUUAAUUCUUUAUUACAUAACAAAUUUUGUAAAUAAAUGUGAAAAAUUGUGAUUUUCAAUGAGAUAUUUAAAUAAAAUAUAUCGAAAUUAUAUUA